CGCGUCUCUCGAGCUUUCAGCCUGCCAAACCAUCUCAAUCGAUCAUCUAACACAGCUUGAAUCAAUCACAUCAGCAUGGCUCUUCUCGUAGACAAGCACCGUCCGCGCUCUUUGGAGACAUUGACAUACCACCAUGACUUGUCGGAUCGCCUACGAUCACUGGCGGCAAGCGGAGACUUCCCUCACCUUCUGAUCUACGGCCCUUCUGGAGCGGGCAAGAAGACAAGAAUCACGGCUACCCUGCGCGCACUCUACGGACCUGGCGUGGAAAAGAUCAAGAUCGACAGUCGAGUCUUCCAAACAACGAGCAACCGCAAGCUCGAGUUCAACAUCGUCUCAUCCAACUACCAUCUCGAAAUCACUCCCAGUGAUGUCGGCAACUACGAUCGUGUCGUCGUACAAGACCUACUCAAAGAAGUCGCCCAAACACAGCAGGUUGACGUAGCAGCCAAACAAAAAUUCAAGGUCGUCGUCAUCAACGAGGCAGACCACCUCACCAGAGAUGCUCAGGCCGCUCUGAGAAGAACAAUGGAGAAAUACAGUCCCAACUUGCGCUUGAUCCUUCUGGCCAACAGUACGAGUAAUAUCAUUGCUCCUAUUCGAAGCCGAACCCUGCUCGUCAGAGUCGCUGCACCGACCGAGGACGAAAUCUGCACAGUGCUGGCUCAAGUUGGAAAGAAGGAAGGAUACACACGCUGUGAGGGACUAGAGAAGAGAAUUGCCACAGACAGCUACCGCAAUCUGCGCCGCGCUUUGCUCAUGUUCGAGGCCGUCCAUGCUCAAAACGACCAAGUCUCGGAGAAGACGCCUAUUCCUCCUCCAGAUUGGGAGGCUCUCAUCUCACAGAUUGCCGACGACGUCCUUGCCGAACGCAGCCCUGCUCGGAUCUUGCUGGUCCGCGCCAAACUCUAUGAUCUCCUCACCCACUGCAUUCCAGCAAGCACCAUCCUAAAGACCCUGACCUUCAAGCUGAUACCCCAAAUUGACGACGCCCUCAAGACCGACAUCAUCAAAUGGUCCGCCUUUUACGAACAUCGAAUCCAGAUGGGCACAAAAUACAUCUUUCAUCUGGAGGCCUUCGUUGCCAAGGUCAUGCGAAUCGUUGAGAGUCAUCUCAUGGGCAUGGACUUCGAUGACUGAGUGGUUACAUCUUCUGAUCGGAUACUCGAACCCUUUCCAGCAUCGUUCGAAUCAUGCCCGGGCUUCUCGGAGAAUUGGCCCGCCACAAGGUCACUUCUCGCUCCACGAUGUACCUCUAUACUUGACUCGGCCGCAAAUAGGGUUGUGUUCUACAGACGCCAACAGAAAGUUGGUUCGGCCUUUUUAGGGAACAUCUCAUUGAUGUCCCGAUAUCGCAAAGCCUUGACGAGUCACUUCGUCCUCUUCCGGCCGAAACAUGGGGACGCGGUAGUAACUUCCCCUUCACCUGAUUCUCAACAGAAAGACAGGACAUAGCUCCUAAUUAGCUUGACGUACAUAAUCGUAGCAAUGACAUGAUGAGAUUAAGAUA